AUACAAUUAAAUAUAAACAAAAUAUAUUUACAACAACGAAUUUUAUAUUUUCCCAUUUAAGUCUAUAGAAUUAAUACGCUAGAAGUUAUUUUGUUUAUGGAAAAUAUAUUUUUUCGAAAUAUAGCGUGCGAUGCAUUACUAUCUUAACUUAUAUCAAUCGUUCGUGUGCUUUAAUAAAUUAUUAAUCGGUUAAUAAAGAGUUUCACGGAAAAAGAGUUUUCAUGAAAUAUAAAAAAACAUAAAAUUUUACAUGAGUGGUUUUUGUGUCCUUACAAAUUGUAUCCUUAGAGUCGCAUAGAGUAAGGGAUAAAAUAUUUAUUUCUUAAGUGCUUCUUAACUAGCUGCAAGUGACAUUCACAUUCGUAUUCAAGAAGGAAGGAAGGAAGAAAAUUACUAGCUCAAUAUUGCUAAAGGCAUAGUAUUGCCAUAAAAUACGACUGAUAACAGAGAGAACGGGUGAAGGACACGGACACGGACGAGGACACGGACACGGACACAAACACGGAAACGGAAACAGAAUAGAAAAAAAGGCAAAUCAUUCGUGACCCAGUAGAAGGAAAAGUAAACGUUUUUGUUCCUGUGCUAUCCAUUUCUGUCUUCGACUUCGACUUCUGAGCGCUCGAACACAAAAAAGAGAAGAAAAACAGCCUAAUCAAAAAUGCCUGACGAACGAAGUGUAAUUGUAGACACUUCGAAAGGCAAACAAGAACGAGCACUCAGCUACUGUAAGUUUAACCUUUCUGACGAUGAAAUCAGUGGUCACUCGUCAACAUGUGGAAAAAUUCUAAUAUUUCUGUCAUGCGUUCUUGUUGCUCUUACAUUACCUUUCAGCUUAUUUGUCUGUUUUAAGGUUGUACAAGAAUAUGAACGAGCGGUUAUAUUUCGAUUGGGUAGACUAAUGCAAGGAGGUGCCAAAGGACCUGGGAUUUUUUUCAUUUUACCAUGCAUUGAUGCUUACGCUCGUGUGGAUUUGCGGACAAGGACAUACGAUGUACCACCACAAGAGGUCCUUACAAAGGAUAGCGUCACGGUGUCGGUGGAUGCUGUAGUUUAUUACCGUGUGUCAAACGCCACCGUUUCUAUAGCCAAUGUAGAAAAUGCACACCACUCGACGCGCCUCUUGGCACAAACGACGCUUCGCAAUACAAUGGGUACGCGCCAUUUACACGAGAUUCUCAGUGAAAGGAUGACAAUUUCUGGAACUAUGCAAGUUCAACUGGACGAAGCAACCGAUGCUUGGGGCAUCAAAGUCGAACGAGUAGAAAUCAAGGAUGUCAGACUACCUGUUCAAUUGCAACGUGCAAUGGCAGCUGAAGCUGAGGCAGCACGAGAGGCACGUGCCAAAGUUAUUGCAGCCGAAGGUGAACAAAAAGCCUCACGUGCCUUACGUGAGGCAUCUGAAGUUAUUGGAGAUUCUCCAGCAGCACUUCAACUACGUUAUCUACAGACAUUGAAUACGAUUUCGGCCGAAAAGAAUUCCACCAUCGUUUUUCCAUUGCCAAUUGAUUUGAUAACCUACUUUAUGAAGACAAUGGACGCAUCUAAAAAUGCUCAACAACAAUAAAUUCAUAAUAACAAAUCGACAGAAAAUAUUAUUUUUAUAUAAAUUAUGCAUAACUAUGAGAUGGCACACAUCUAUCUACAUAUAACACAUCUGGCGGGAUAAGGAAUUCCCAUAAAAUGUGUAUAUAUUUUUUUGGGUUUUGGUUUUCGAUGGACUAAUCAAAUUUUUGCGCUUAAACUGAUUGAUAAUAAUUUGGUUUCCGACGAAGGGUUUUAUUGAAUCAAAGAAUAUUUUUAAAAAAGAAAAACAAAACAAAACAACAAACAAACAAAAAACAAAAACGCUAAAACUUAAAAAUUAAGUGGUUUCAACAAAAUGGACAUCUUGAUGUUAAAAAAGUAAUAUUAUACUCGUAUAAACGAAAAAUCCUCUUUUACUAAAAUACUAAAUCUAGAAUAAGGCACAAAAACAACAAAGAAUUCAUCAGCAAUAAUAAUAAAUUAAAACAAAAACAACUAGCAACUUCACCAAUGGUUUUUAAAAAAUAUUCAUCUUGAUGGACAUCACGAAAUACGACGAAUCUUGUGCUAAAUAUGUAAAACAAAUCUUAAUUUUUUUUCUAAACUAACAAUAUAUUAAAAUAAAUCAAACUAUUUAUCAAUGUUAAAUUAAGCUGGACUCACACUAAGUAAACAAUGUAAUUUAAAUAAAUAAAAUAUAUAUAGUAAAAUUUUAAACAAAUCAUUUUUUUUAAAUGAAAAAAAUAUAUAUAUUUAUUGAAAACUAAAAACUAUCUACGUGUGUUACUGUAAAUCAUUUUUUUUUAAGAGAAAUUUUAUUAUUAUUGUAUAAUUCAUUUUUGUAUUUCUUUGUAUUUUUUGUCUAAAUUUUAAACAGAAAAAUAUAUAAAACUGUUGAAAAUUAAAAUUUUUUAAUGUUAAUAAAAUAACAAGAGAAAUUUAAAACUUUAAAGUUUAAAAUAAGAACAUCUCUAUAAAAUGUAAUUGUACCCAUAAUGAAAUAGAAAUAAAAUGACAUUAUCAUCAAAAGG